AGCCAACAGUGCAGCGAGCAAGGUUGUCUGCACCCGCGAUUCUUAGCAGGGUGGGUUGAGCUGUAGUUUAUGUCGUUACUAGGCAGCGGUAACGCUUCUGCUGACAGAGACCUCUCGCUAACUCUGUGUGAAGUUACACUACGGACCGGACACAACAGCAGGGGGCUCGCCCGCUGGGAAGAACUACCACCGUCACCCUGGCGUCCUCAAGCGACAUAAGAGAAAAGCUGCGGAAGAAGGGACGUGCUCUGCAAGAAACUCUGGUAAAAAACCGACAUGAGGACGACGUCCAGGCUCUGGUUCCGUCCAAGUUGGGUGAAGGGAAACGACCAACCACCAUGAAGGAACUCCAAGACAGCGGGGAGGACAUGGGAGAGACACUGAAACGCAGGUUCAAGGAGCAGAGACGGAGGCGGAAGACAAAGCUGCUUGAGCAGUCUUCAGCCCAGGAGUCCCAGGAUGAUGUGGAAGAGAUAUCCAGCAUCCAGCACCACAGUGAAAAUGAGGGAUCAGCUGAGCAGGCAGCCGAGCCAGUUGUUGGUUCGAGACCUCCAACUGGUUCUAAGAGAGAAAUGCAGCAUACUACUGGCUCUCAGCAUUUAGACACCUCUGUCAAAAAAUACUUGGAAGAGAGGCUGAGAGCCGCCAUGUCUAAAGGUCAGAGCCUUCAGCAGGAGGAGGCCUCUCCAGAGCCAGCCAGUCGCUUACAGAGCUUCAGAGACAGAGACACUGUAACAAGGUUUGACAGAGAGGUUGAACCAGACAAAGCUGGAAGACAUAACGUCCCUCCGGACAUUAGCAACAGGGUCAAGUUACGAGAAGCAACAAGACAAGCAGAACAAGGGCUCCCGACUGCUGAAGAAGCAUACAAAUUCUUUACGUUCAACUUUGAGCCAGAUCCACAACAUGAGACAGAGAAGAUUAACAGGAAAAGACAAAAACAGAAUAAAACAACUGAGGACAGAGACGAAGAAGGGGGACAUGAAGCUGAAGAUCAAGAAGAUGGUGACAUAGAUGAGGAUAAUCAAGAUGAACAUGAAGACACCAACAAUAUUAGUGAAGAAGAUCCUUUGGUUCGAGGCGAAGAGGAAGAUUUAUUCCUCAUUGAAAAGUCAUCCCAAGACUUCCUGGAAGUGAAGAAAGCAGAGUAUGUCGGGUAUCAAAAACGUAUCCAGAGAGAGAGAGAAAGUGAGCUUCUCUUUACCCCAAGUUCUCGACCAGUGCCAACAUCCAUUAAACUGCCUGAAAACAUGAGGCCCCGUUAUCUCGAGGAUGAGGGUCUGUAUGUGGGAAAAAGGCCCCCUAUGUCCCAGACUAAUGAGAACAUUCUGGAGAGCCGCAUUUUAAAAAUGGAAGAGGGAAAGAAGUGGAUUGGAGAUGAUGGCAGGAUCAUGGCUCUGCCGGACCCCAUUAAGGAAUCAUCCACAAGACCCCCUCUCUUCCACAUGGAGGAGGACCUGGACCCGGCUCUGCAAACUGUAUACAGGAAGGCAAUAAAGUCCAAGUAUGCAAACAUGUACAUAGCUGGUACAGCAGAUCCUGAGGGAGACUACCAACUUGAUGUUGAUGUUUCUGGGCUGAUCUUCUCCCAUCACCCACUCUUCAGUCGCGAACAUGUCCUGGGAGCCCGGCUAGCUCAGCUGUACGACCAGUACCUCACCAGGCAGCACAAUAACCUGACAGGACACUUGACUGACAAGUUGAAUGGGUUGAGGAGUGCACUGCGGAAUAUGCUUGAGAUCCACGACAGCCAGAGCCUCACUCAGGCCAUGCAGCAGAGGAUAUCUGAUUACAGUCUGGAGAUUCGAAAUACGGCAGUUAAGAGCGAGCAGCAGAAAGACCGGACUCUGCUGAAGAACAUAAUUAAAGUGUGGAAGGAGAUCAAGGCCCUGAGAGAGUUCCAGACGUUCACCAACACACCCUACAAGCUCUUCCUCAGAAAAGAGAAUGUAGACCAGGCGACAGAUGAGCAGGUGUUUGAGGAUGAAAUCUCGGCAGAAGUUGUGGAAUUGGAGGCUGAGAGUGAGGAGGACUACCAACGAAAGCUGGCAGAGUACAAGAAACAGCUGGCAGAGUGGAAGCUCUCAAGAAGAAAACAGAAAGCCAAAAAGAAGAAGAGAAAAAAGAAGAAGAAGGGCCAGUUACAGGAUGACACAGAAGAAGAUGAAGACCAGGAGUUGAGUGAAUCAGAAGGGCCUGAGGAAGAAGACUGUCCAAAGCCUGAGCCUCCCGAGAGGCCAGACUUUGACUCUAUAGAGCAGCAAGUCAGAGAGAAAGCUUCCAGGAUACGCAGGAAACCAGGAGAGUCUGUCCUGAUUCCUGAGCUGCAUGCAUCUGGAAACAUCACGGCCAAUGACCUCUGCCCCAGGGCUGAAGUAGCUCGAAGAGAAGAUGUUGCAAAACGCUCUCUUUUCAUCAAGAUCCUGUACAAUGGCAAAGAAGUUUCCCGAACUGACAGCCGCUCCCUGAACACUGAUUUCAGAGUGCACUUUGGUCAGAUUUUCAAUCUCAAGAUAGUCAAUUGUCCUCAAAGCAUCAAUUUGCAGGUGUUUGAAGAGCUUGGAUCAUCGUGUUCCCUCCUGACUCAAGUGUUCGUCCCAGUGCCAGAACCUUCUGUCUUAACGGGCAGCGGCCCUCUUGAGGAAUUUGAGUUCAGCAGCAACCAGAGAGUGAUGUUUGACCAUGAAGGAGUUGGAAGUGAUGUCCCCCUGUCCUUCGAGCCUGAUGGCAGUAACAAACAGACCCUGCUGACCUCUGGUAAACUGUCCUGUUGUGUUUCCUGGGGUAUUGGGGAGGAUGAUGUACCACUCGCCCCUCCUGUGUCUCAACAACCUGGUGGCAUACACAGUGGCCUGGGCCGUCUUGAUGCUGUCACAUCUAUCGGGGCAUCUGGACUCUAUGACAUGAAAAAAAUUGGGGAGUGGGCCACGCAGUCACGAUUGGACCCCAACGACCCAAAAAAUGCUUCUAUCAUGCAGCUGCUAAAAGUGGCCAGAAGUGGAGAGGUGACAGCUCCGGAGUACUUCAGACUAGAGCAGCUCCAGGAGGAGUUUAACUUUGUGACUGAUGAAGAGUUGGAGGGGUCAAAACGAUUUCGCCUGCUCAGGCUCAGGAACCAAGAAGUUGCAGAGUUUCGAAAUUACAAAUGUGUUCCUGGUCUGGAGAGGGAGGUCUCGGAUAAGGUUUUCCAGGAGUAUGAGAAGAGACUGAAGGAUGGAGAGAUAAUUGACACCAAGGAACAUCUGGAUUCACACAGAGCUUUAGUUGCCAAAUACCUUCAGAAGAUCCGAGAAUCAGUCAUCAACAGAUUUCUUCUUGCCAAGCAUCACUACCUCCUGUCUGACUUGGUGAUUGAAGAGGAGAUUCCGAGCAUCGGUGGUGCAGGUCCGGGGAUCCUAGGAAUCAAUCUUUUCAAGCUGGCUGAAUCCAAGCGGCCGCUGAAACCUCAGAGAAAAGAGAGGAAGAAGGUGACAGCUCAGAAUCUGUCAGACGGAGACAUCAGACUGCUGGUCAACAUCAUCCGGGCCUAUGACAUUCCCGUCCGCAGACCCCAGAGCAAUAAACCAGGACAAUCACCUCAGAGUGUCAUCCAGGGCAGCGACUGGCUGAUCGGACAGGUGCAAGUGAGGCCAUUUGUGGAGGUUUCUUUCCAGCGCACAGUACUUCAAACCACCACAGCAGAUGGACCAAACCCCUGUUGGAAUGAGGAGCUGCAGCUGCCAUUUAGUGCCCCAAAUGGUGACUACAGCAUUGCCAGCUUGCAGUCAGCGAAAGAUGAAGUCUUCAUCAGCAUAUUUGAUGAGGUGGUUUAUGAAACUGGAGUGAGUGACAAGGACGGCGGGAAAUCGAUUCACACCCGAGCAGAGAAGCACUGGCUGGGCUCUGUCAAGAUUCCCUUCAGCACUAUUUAUUCUCAGUCCAGGAUUGAUGGAACAUUCAAGGUGAACACACCGGCAGUGCUGCUGGGAUACAGUAAGGAGCGGAGCCAUGGCACUAAUGGUGGUUAUGAUAUGCGAAGCCUGAGCGAGGGAGCAUUUAUCACAGUAUUCAUCACCAUCGAACCUCAGCUGGUGCCCGGGGAGCCCAUCAGGGAGAAGUUUGACAGCCAGGAGGAUGAGCACUUACUUCAGGCCUCAGAGAGAUUUGAGAGGGAUGCAGCCCAGCAAUAUCCGGACCGACCCUUCAUUACCACUGUCAUAGACCUCAAUGGGAAAACGGUCUUCAUCACACGAUAUAUUCGACCGCUCAACCCCCCACAGGAGUUACUGGAUGCAUUCCCUAACAACCCCCAGGAAGCCACGGCCCUGGUUGCCCGGUUUGUUUCGCUCAUCCCAUCUCUGCCAGACAGAGUUUCCUUUUCUGGUGUCUGUGACCUGUGGAGCACCUGUGAUCAAUUCCUCACCCUCCUAGCAGGAGAUGAAGAGGAACAUGCUGUACUGUUGUGCAACUACUUUCUGUCAAUGGGCAAGAAAGCCUGGCUCAUCAUUGGAACUGCUAUACCAGAGGGACCCACAGCGUAUGUCCUGACCUAUGAGCAGAGCCGCUACCUGAUAUGGAAUCCCAGCAGUGGUCAGUACUAUGGCCAGUAUGACACCUUUUGCCCACUGCAGACAGUUGGUUGCCUGGUCAAUGCUGACAAUGUGUGGUUAAAUGUUCAACAAUACACUGCACCAAUGAGGAUGAGUUUUGACACCACAAAAGCAAAUUUGUGGAAGCCCUUUUUCUCCCGCUCAUUCUCCCACCCUGGACUGUCAAGCGUACAACAAGAGGAGCUGGUGUACCGACGCACAGACAAAGCAGCUGCAGCUGAGCUUCAGGACAGAAUUGAGAAGAUCCUGAAGGAGAAGAUCAUGGAGUGGCGUCCUCGUCAACCAACCCGCUGGAACCGCUACUGCACCACCACCCUCAAACAAUUCCUGCCCAAACUGGAGAUGAGUGGGGGGCGCGACGUGGCUGAGGGGCACCGCCACGAGUUGCAGAGCCUGCUGGGAGACAACAGGAUUGCAGGAUUCCCCUUGCAUCUGCCCUUCUCUGAGAUUCGUCCCAUCGUAGAGGCAGUGCACAGCACUGGAGUUCACAAUAUCCAGGCAUCAAAUGUGGAGUUUGCCCUGGCUGUGUACGUGCACCCUUACCCUAAUAAUGUCCUAUCUGUGUGGGUGUACCUGGCCUCACUGGUCCGCACAUGAGACACUGAUCUCACUGUUUAUGCUGCUUUGAUAGAUGAAUGAACUAUAGUCAGAGUGAAGCUCAUUACAUAUUAUGUUUCCACACCACUGUAAGAUAUUAUUUGUAUAAAAUGUUGAUCAGGUUAAUAUUAAAAAAUAUUUAGUUAUGAGUUCAAUAUCUUUAUGAGUUGCUGCCUACUCUUCCUGUUUCCACUGCAAGCCACUUAUUGCAAUUAGAUUAAGAAAUGAUUCUGGGCAGCUGGAGAAAAAACCAGCAGAGGGACCUGUCGUGUUGAGGUGUAACCAGAGAGGAAGCCUAUUUAAAGCACUUGAUGGUGACCUGUCCUCAGGGUAGAUUUAUUACACCAGCAUUUUUAAAUGAUGCAUUUCUUUGGCAAAGACGUGUCCACAAGGUAAAAUUAGGGACUUUAUGUUGUUUGCAUUUGCAAAAUUGAUGUGCAUGCUAGGCAUGCAAAUGUUAUAUUUUUUAAUGCAUUUCAUGUACUUGUAUACAAUGAAAUUGUGAUGGCAAUUUCUAUUGAAUAAAGAGCAAAGUCAG